AUGGAGCGACUGCAGCUGCAGCUGGCGCGCUUCUCCGAGCUGUUGGCGGUGGCCCGGGGACCGCGGGUGCGCGCGUGGGACGCGGAGGCGGUGCGGCGAGGCAAGACUGACAAGAACGCUGGCCAAUCGCAGCACGGGAAGGCGGGCGCUGCCAGGGCCGGGCCAAUCAGCGCGCGGCGCGGGCGGGCGGAAACGGCGGCAUGGAGCGACUGCAGCUGCAGCUGGCGCGCUUCUCCGAGCUGUUGGCGGUGGCCCGGGGACCGCGGGUGCGCGCGUGGGACGCGGAGGCGGUGCGGCGGGCGCUGCAUCCGCGGCCUGCUGCGCCUGCUCUUCCCGGGCCCCGACGCGCACGACCCCGGGGACGCGCUGCAGACGCGCCUGGCCCGCCUGGUCCGCCGCGGGAGCGCGCUGCACCUGCUGCACCGGCUGUCUCCGGAGGCGGGGGACGCUCUGCUACGCACGCACGCCGAGCUGCUCAGAGCGCGUCUGCGCGAGCUGGGCCACGCGGAGCCCGGGACGGGGCGCGCGCUCCUGGGCACGCUGUGGGCGCGCGGCCCCCGGGUGCACGUGCUGAGUGUUGCCGCGCAGGCGCUGCUGCAGCCCCCGCACGAGGCCCAGUCGCUGCCCGACCACGGCACCGACCCCGCGGCUCUUGACGAGACACAGGAGCUGCUGCAGUGGCUGCUGGGAAGCGCCGAGGUUACAACCGCCUUCUGCCGCCGGCUGUCCCCCGAGCUGCUGGCCUCCGUGGCCAGUCGCCACCCCGCGCUCUGCCAGGCCUACCUGCGCCUGCUCACGGUCUGGGCCGGUCGGCUGCGCUACGACCUGCAGAAAGGUGUCUGGGUGGGAGCCAGCGCCGACGACGUGUCCUGGGAGGAGCUGUGCAGCAGGUUCCAGAGCCUGUGUCGCACCCCACCACCCCUGCAGGCCGAGGUGCUUGCUGCCCUGCGUGCCUGCAAGGUGCAAGAUGGCGAUUUCGAGGUCCCCGGGCUGAGCAUCUGGACAGACCUGCUGCUGGCCCUGCCCGGGGGUGCAUGAUAGUGCGUGUGGGAGGAUGCAACUGCCCUGUGCCCCUGAAAGGCACGGGAUGGAGACAUGGAGGGCCCUGGGCCCAAACACCUGGACAGACAGACCUGCAACUCGCCCUGCUCGGUGGUGCACGACAGUGUUAAUGGGAGGUUGCAACUCCAGGUUCACACUAUUCUGUACUCCUGGAAAGCUCGGGAUAGAGACUUGGGGACCCCCGAGCUGAGCAUCUGGACAGACGGACCUGCUUCUCACGCUACCCGGUGAUCAACAAGAUGACUAGCUUGGCUCUCUCAUCGAGCCUCAGUUGCCUCUCGUGCUACUAAAGACUUGAAAAGUAGUUUACAAAGUGUCCUGUUCUUACUGAUGUCCUGUACUAAAUGUGUCGGAAAUGUCAUUAGGUACCAAUUUUAAGCAGUUUAUUGUACAAGUAGACUAUGCAAAGAUCUUGAGGUGUCAUGCCUUAGAUCUUUCUAGAUGUUGUAACUAGCUCAGUGCUAGCCAAGUGCUCCACCACCCAGCUACAUCCUGCUCCCUGGAAGUGUUCUUAAAACCAUGGAACUUUCAGCUUGUUUUGUAAAAGGCUACUUUCCAGAAAC